ACUCCCCCUGAUCUGGACAUUGAGGUGAGGGAGAAACUGUAGCGCUUCAAUGGUGGAAAGAACGUCAUCUGCUCCAAACAUUCACCCUGCUAGCUAAUUCAACUUUAUUUGUUUUAUUUUGAUACCAAAGCAUCUCGCCUUUCGUAAUAAUUUCAUUCUAGCGGGCAGCCGCUUGGCUGUCAAACAUGUAUAAAAAUUCCCACAAUCAGAGCAGAGAAUUCUUUAAAAGGGAAUCAAUCGUGUGAAAUCCAGCUCUGAUUGCAUUUUAUCAAACCAAAUAUUAUUCUCUAAAUAAAAACACAAAAUUCAUUAUCUACCCUGAGAAAACUAGCUAUCUUGUCAGUCUGGAGUGGCGCCUGGAGAAGCAUUCAUUUUACUCCUGAAAACGUGGAGCCAGGUGAGUCAUGGGAGCGUUCCUGGACAAGCCGAAGACGGAGAAGCACAACGCCCACGGCGAGGGCAACGGCCUGCGCUUCGGGCUGAGCAGCAUGCAGGGCUGGCGGGUGGAGAUGGAGGACGCGCACACGGCCGUGCUGGGCCUGCCGCAGGGCCUGGACGACUGGUCCUUCUUCGCCGUGUACGACGGGCACGCCGGCUCCCGCGUGGCCAACUACUGCUCCAAGCACCUGCUGGAGCACAUCACGGCCAGCGAGGACUUCCGCGGCGGCGGCCAGCCCGAGCCCACGGUGGAGGGCGUGAAGAGCGGGAUCCGCGCCGGCUUCCUGAAGAUCGACGAGUACAUGCGCAGCUUCUCGGACCUGCGCAACGGCAUGGACCGCAGCGGCUCCACGGCGGUGGCCGUGCUGCUGUCGCCCGAGCACCUGUACUUCAUCAACUGCGGCGACUCGCGCGCCGUCCUGUACCGCAGCGCGCACGUCUGCUUCUCCACGCUGGACCACAAGCCCUGCAACCCGCGCGAGAAGGAGCGCAUCCAGAACGCCGGCGGCAGCGUCAUGAUCCAGCGCGUCAACGGCUCGCUGGCCGUCUCCCGCGCCCUCGGCGACUACGACUACAAGUGCGUGGACGGCAAGGGCCCCACGGAGCAGCUGGUGUCCCCCGAGCCCGAGGUGUUCGAGAUCCUGCGCGCCGACGAGGACGAGUUCCUGGUGCUGGCCUGCGACGGCAUCUGGGACGUCAUGAGCAACGAGGAGCUCUGCGAGUUCGUCCGCUCCCGGCUGGAGGUGUCGGGCGACCUGGAGAAGGUGUGCAACGAGGUGGUGGACACCUGCCUGCACAAGGGAAGUCGUGACAACAUGAGCGUUGUGCUGGUGUGUUUACCUAACGCACCGAAGGUGUCGGAAGAGGCGGUGAAGAAAGACUUGGAGCUGGAUAAGUACUUGGAGUCUAGAGUGGAGGAAAUCAUCCAGAAGUCUGGAGAAGAUGGUGUCCCUGACCUGGUCCAUGUAAUGCGCAACCUUUCCACAGAGAGCAUACCCAACCUGCCACCAGGGGGCGGCCUUGCCAGCAAGCACAGUGUAAUCGAGGCGGUGUACAGCAGGCUCAAUCCACACAGGGAAGAAGACGGGCCAUCCUGUUUCAUUUGAAUGGCGGCGACUUGGAGGAUCCCUGGUAGCUCGAGAGCCCAAAUGUAUUUGUCCCGAACCAAGAAUGUCCUGAAAACAUUAACACAGAAGACAACCUUUUUCACAUUUUUGUUUCCUUUUUCCAUCCUCUGAUACCAAGAGAUCAAUAGGACCAUAAAAUUGUUUUAAAAAACAAUCGAAAUGACACGACCCAAAGGAUGGCAAAUUUUUUAAAGGAUCAGAAGAGGAACUGUAAUGUUAGAAAUGGUCUAAAAAAUGAAACACUAUAUAAUAGAGAAAGUAUAAUGAAUUUUUACCUUUUUGUUGCGUUUUUGUGGGGGGUUUUUUCUUUCCAAAUUUGAGAACUGGACAGCCUGAGUGAGGAGCUGUGGCUGCAUGCUGGCCUGUGCGGAAUCCGGUGCGUGGCGGUGUUUGGCAGCUGCGGGUGGAGGGGACACACACUGGUCAGCGGCAGCCUCACCCUCUCCCCAUUCGGGACGGGAAGGACAGUGUGGGGGUGCCGCUUGGCGAGGGGAAUUUGGGACACCACUCGACGCGCGAUGCUAGCCUCCGCGUUUCUCACGCGGCUCACUGGACAAACGCACGUAAACGCGCACACAGUGUCUGGACAAAAAGGCAUUACUCGUUUUGGAAGGUCUGAAGGUUGAGAGAUUUUGCACCUUUUCCCAGUCCAACUCCCAAAGCCAGACUUGGAGGGAAGACGUUAUAGCAUUGAAACUGUUUCCUUCUUGCAGGUUUUUCCUCUGUCCCUCAUGCUUUUUUCCUGCUGUUUUCAGAGAAAAUAGAAUAUAUAUGCAGAUAUAUAUUUUUAAGUUCCCAUUUCGGUUAUUUUCUUCCCGUUGUCAGUUGUGGCCUACUGUGCUUGCUGUAAGAAAUAUAAAAAAUUUAAAAAGGAAAAAAAAAAGUUGACUUUGUUGAAAAGUAAAGAGAUACUGUAGAGGGCGUGCUGACAGUGGAUCUACAUGCUUGUGCACAAACCAGCAGCCCACAGAGCCUUGGGCUUUCUGGCAGAGUGGGUCUGAUGCAGAACCUCCGAUUUCACCCAUCCUUUCGUAACGUUCCCCCCCCCCCCCCCAAGUAUGUGCUCCGCUCUUUCUGCCUGCCCCCACGCAAAGUAGUAUUUUUGCAUCACUUGCCUUUUUAUUUUUUUUCCUUUUACAAAUAUUGUAAAGUUGUGAUUUUGUUUAACAGUGUUUUUUUUUCUACAUAAUGAAUUUAUUUUUAAAUGUUUUUGUUUUUUCUUUUCCCGAUGCAGAGUAUUGUGUGUGAUGUGGUUGUUGCUUGAUUUAAUUUACAACACCCGAGAACACUCAUUUGACAACAAGAACAUUUUUCUUUUCUUAAUAUUUAAAACUGAAGGCAAUUGAUUACUGAAAAGAAAUUUAAAAGAAAAGUGUUUUUCCUUUGUAAUUCUUUAAGUGGAUGGGGGAGUAGGCUGCGGUGGGGGGGGGGGGGGUUAUGGGCAAGUCCAUGGCAAAGCGCAUGGUUUUCUGAGAUUAGAGACAACAUGGUACAGGUCUGGUUGCCAUAUGAUUAUUAGGUACUACUUGAAUACUCUCUGUGUGGUUUCUAUAUUUUGCAGUAAAGAUUUUUAUGAUUUAUGAUUUUUUUCUGUGCAUGUUGAGUUGAGGUUAUGAUGCUCAAGGGAAAGGGGGAUAUUUAACUUCAUAGCAGAUGCUGGGGUUUUGGGGGGAGAACAAUGAAUGUAUUACACCUUUAUACAAAUAGACAUGUAGUGGAGGCCUUUCAAAGAGCUCUUUUUUGACCUAUUGGUUGUUGACAAUACUUGCCCUUGUGCGUAGUUUCAAAAUGAGUGUCUAUUUGGGCUUCAUUGAAUUAUGUUUUAGUAUUAUUUUUAUUUCGUUUUGUUAUUUUAUUGUAGUUCCUUCCCCCUAAUUGUACACUUCAUCUGUAGCAGUUUGCUGGAUUGCUUCCUGUGAUAAUAAAUGAUAAAAUAAUAAUUUGAUUACAUAUGAGAAUAUUAAUGAUUUAAAAAUAAUAAUUUCGCGCUUUAGUGCCCGAGAUCACUCGCUCUGAUUUCUUUUGUUUUGUAUAUCUACAAUUAUUGAUAUAUAGAAUAAUUAUUGCAACAAUAUAUUUUAUUUAUUCCUAGAUUUUAGCUUUGAGAAGUGGUGUAAAUGGAGAAUGGGGUGAGAUGUGUGCGGGUGUAUCUUGGCGUGUACUGCCUCCCUUGGUGGGAGCUGUUUGGAUCUGCAGGUUUUUGUGGGUGGGGGUGGGGGUGGGGGUGGGGGGGGGAGGGCGUGUAUAGGGGCCAGCCAUGGGCCCUACUUGUCACCCUGUGUGUUCACCCUAACUCCCUGUACUGAUAGUUCCCAGUAUGAUAUUGUGAUGUUUCAUACCAUACAGUGAACAUAAUCACCUUAUCUUCAAUAAAGGAUUGCUCAAGAUGGCUGACAUAA